AAUUUGUCGAUCUUUCACUUGUCCUGAAAAUGCAAACUUCUCGAUUUACUUUAUUGUAUCGUAACUUCGCGAACAACAUAUAUAGUAAACCGUUAAGUAGAAAUAGAUUUAUCCAUAAGGCAUUUUUCCAUGCGACGAAAAAGAUCCUACAAACUUCUGGGGCCCCAGCCCCAGCCCCAGCAGAAGGCUAUUUACCUGGUGUUGCACAAUCUAAAUUCAUAAAAUCUACUCAAGAAGAAGCUUUGAAAAAUUCCGAAUUAAUGAAUACCGGGGUUGCAAAUGGAGAGACAAAAAAGAUGAAUAUGUUUCAAGCGAUAAAUGAUGCAAUGGGCAUCGCACUGACUACUGAUGAGACAGCAGUUAUUUUUGGUGAAGAUGUGGCUUUUGGUGGUGUAUUCCGUUGUACUUUAGGGUUAGCAGAAAUGUUUGGAAGAGAUCGAGUGUUCAAUACACCAUUGUCUGAACAAGGUAUUGUUGGAUUUGGUAUAGGGAUGGCGGCAGUGGGGCACACAGCUAUUGCCGAAAUUCAAUUUGCCGAUUAUAUAUUUCCGGCUUUCGAUCAACUUGUCAAUGAAGCUGCUAAGUAUAGAUACCGUUCAGGCGGUUUAUUCAAUGUCGGCGGUUUGACGGUUCGAUCACCUUGUUCGGCAGUGGGACAUGGUGGACACUACCAUUCCCAAUCACCGGAGGCAUAUUUUACUCAUACACCAGGACUGAUUGUUGUUAUGCCAAGAAGUCCAAUACAAGCUAAGGGACUUCUAUUGGCAUCAAUAAGAGAUCGAAAUCCAGUAAUAUUUUUGGAACCAAAAAUUUUGUAUCGUGCUGCUGUUGAAGAAGUUCCAGUAGGUGAUUAUGAACUUCCCUUAGGUAAAGCCGAAAUUCUCAAAUCUGGCAAGGAUGUUACCGUGGUUGGCUAUGGGUCACAAUUAUAUACCCUUGAAAAUGCUAUUAAAUUGGCAGAGAAAGAUAUUCCUGGUCUAUCAUGCGAAUUAAUAGAUUUGAGAUCACUUUCACCUUGGGAUGUUGAUACUGUUGCAAAUUCAGUGAAUAAAACCGGAAGACUGGUUAUUUCUCAUGAAGCACCUCAAACUUCUGGUUUUGCUGCUGAAGUUGCAACAAGUAUAAUGGAAAGAUGUUUUUUAAGACUUGAGGCGCCAAUCCAAAGGGUUUGUGGAUUGGACACUCCAUUCCCCUUAAUAUUUGAAAAAUUUUAUGUUCCGGAUAUGACAAAGUGUUACGAUGCAAUUAAAGAAGUUGUGAACUAUUGAUAUCUAUUUGUAACACAAAUUAUUAAAAUUAUUCUCUUCUUUUUAAUAAUAUUGUCAUUUCUAUAUUAAGAUUGUGAACAUAAUUUUUUACAUCUACCCUAAGAAAUUUUUUUUUUUCUUUAAUAAAAAAAAAGAAAAAGAA